CUGCCUAUGCGACUCGUCGCCCACUCCACAGCCUGUUCCCUGCCUCCCUGUCAUCAUUCCGUUUGCUGAUAACCCAAAAGGCUCCGGCAGCUAUCCUAUCUGCCGGACCCUCCCUAUCGGUAUCCCUCCCUCCCUCCCUCCUUCCUUCCCUCCUGCCCUCCGCCUCGGGCUCCUUCCUAGCCUUUCUUUACUGCUUUCCUCCCACCGCAGGGCCAGUGGGCCAGUGGGCUCGAUCGGGCACUAGAUCUGCGGCACCUGCCACCGUCGCGACCUGACAGCCUCUCAUCUCCAGACCGCUACGAUUGCUAGACUGCCUUGCCUCGUCUGGGGCUCUCUCGGGUCUCUGGUCUCUGGGCGUUUCUCGACACCACGACGAUCUAUUAACGCCGCGCCGCUGUGCCUCUUUCUCUCCCUCUCUCUCCCUCUCUCUCUCUGCGCGUUCGCUCGCUCUCUCUAUCUGACACCCUCCCACCCUCCAUCCUCCAUUGUGCCGCUGGGCUGAACUCUGGCCUUCUUUGUCUGAUCUCGGCCCACUACCACUACCACCACCACCACCUCCUCCUCCUCCUCCACCUCAUCCUCCUCUGCUGCUCGCUCCAAGCCACCCGUUCAUCGUCCGUCCUUCAGAUGCGCCACACUGCACCACUCCGGCUCCUACUACUACCACUACCACUACCACUUCUACCACUACUACCACUACUACCACGACUACUACUGUGUCGAUCGAGCGCCUGGCCAUGAUGGCUACGACCUCCUUCUCUACCCAACAACCCAACCACUCCAAGUACUAUAUGAACCCUUCCGCAGGCCCGUCGCCGCCAGAGGCAACCUACAACUACCCCCCACCCUCGAACAAUAUCUCCCCCACAAAUUGUCACGCCAACGUGCGCCAGCUGCGACAGCCUCGCCAACCGCUGUAUGUACCCGCUGCACUGCGACCGAACGAGAAGAUCACGCGACCCACCGACAUCCCUGGCCGUCCACGUGCCAUCGACACACCCCCGACGAGCACGGAAAGCAGCUUCGACAGUGGGAGGGCUGCCUCGCCAUCGUCGUCGUCGAAGAACGACUUUUUAGCCUUCCAAUUCGGACAAGUCGAUGGUGGUGAUCAUGCUUCACUCCCACACGGUCUCAGCCGCGCCGCAAGCGAAACGCUUUCGCUUGAAGAGAUGGGACCUGUCACUGGAGCGCCAACGACGGCACACUGGAAGCCGGACGAGUCCGCAAAGGGCUGCUAUGUCUGCAAAGUGACGUUUGGCUGGUUGCUCCGAAGACAUCACUGUCGUCGCUGCGGCAAUGUCGUCUGCUACGCCCAUGUCAGAAAUGUGAUCCCUCUCGAUCAGAACGCCCGCAUACACCCCGAAGGCCAUCGGAGCAAAUCAUGUGACCCAUGUCACGAAGAGUACAAGACGUUCAAGAAGCUAUGGCACUCUCGUGCGAACUCUGUCACUGAUUCCACACAUAGUUCGCAAGGUACCGCUAUGCCUAUUCCCAAUCAGUCACGACAGACUGAGGAUGCUCGGGUCGGCAGCAUGGCUCGCUCGGAGGGAGGCAUGGUCUGGAGCACCUUUUAACUACUCAACGCCGCACCCAGAACCCCCACCAUGGUCGCUGACGGCCAUGCUUUAACGAUUUCCAACUUGGAGUUUUCACGAUUUGAUUUGAAGGAUAUUUCGGUACUAUGGGAAAGGCCACGUGACGCGUUCAAGCGCUUCGCUUCUUGCUGCAACAACAGUUGGCUUGCAUAUGAUUUCUGCAUAUUAGCGUUUGAGCGAUUUGUUGUGAUACCCCUUUGCGAGUACACAUGAUAUCGCUUGCUUUUCCGGAUUCCCCCCCAACGGCGUUUCUACGGUUGAUGGUAUAGAAUUUUAUUAUUAUGAAGGCGAUAGAACUGGGUCCUUUUGUAAGGCUGUAACAUUAUUAGAUCUACAACUACCUUAGUUUUACUUGGGGCCAGCAGACGGGAGCUGCUACACGCACUCGAUAACACAUAAUACACACGAUAUAUGGUACCUAUCUUUGCAUCCAGCCAUCCAUCACUUUUCGAGCUCUAUGUUGUGCAGCUGAGUAGCUCACAACGUUGAGGUCUAGAUCCCG